AUGUCCGAGCAAGCUCAAGAAAGAAGAAGCAAUUCAAAAGACGACGACCGAAUUCCCGAAGCCGACUCCAAGAUCGACCAUGCCUCGUCUAUCAAAUAUUGGAGCAAAGCUCCUGCGACUGCCAAUGCUAUGCUUGGCGACCUUGGUAAUUUCCCAUGGUAUUCGCGUAUCGACCUGCGCGGAUCUGCAAACUUUCUAGCCAAAGUUCGUCGCCUUUUACCAAGCAUCAACAUCGUCAUGACCGCCGACGGCGACGACGACGACGACCGGAAAUGUAAGCUUGGUGUAGACUGCGGCGCGGGGGUAGGUCGCGUUACUACUGGAUUUCUUAGCCAUGUCUGUGAGGUGGUGGAUGCGGUCGAGCCAGUGGAGAAGUUUGCAGAUGUUUUGCGACAAGCGACGUCGUCGUCGUCGUCGUCGUCGUCGCCUCAUAGUGAUACAUCAUCUACUAGUAGAGACAUAUACGUCACGGGGCUUGAAAACUGGAUUCCGACGAAAAACUAUGAUCUGAUCUGGUGUCAGUGGUGUGUUGGCCAUAUUACAGAUGCGCAAUUAACAACAUAUCUUUUGCGCUGUAGAGAGUCCCUAAUUGCAACGGGGGGCAUCAUGGUCGUCAAGGAGAAUAUAUCAACUGACCCCAAUGGCGAGGAUAUGUAUGACGAUUUGGACAGCAGCGUGACAAGGUCCGAUCAGAAGUUUAGGAAGAUAUUCAAAGAGGCUGGGAUGGCUUUGAUUACGUCGGAGGUUCAAUCGGGAUUCCCAAAAAAGUACAAACUUCUUCCAGUACGAUCAUAUGCCUUGAGGCCGAACAGUCUUUCGACCAAUGAUUGA